GGAGCUGCUGGGAGCGCGGCGGCGGCGGCGGCGGCGGCUGCACUUUCGCGGGCUGGGGCCGGCUCGGGGCUCCGGUGCGCUCGCGGCGGGGUUGUCGGAGCCUCAAGGGCUGGCUGGCGGAAGGAGAGAGGGAGGGACUCCCGGGCUGCAGAGCCUCUCCCUCAGCCUGCUCCGCCCGCGCCGGCGGGGCAGCCCCGGGCUCCCUGCGUGCCGAGCCGAGUCCCGGCCGGGUGGGGCGGGGGUGCGCCGACACCGCUGCCGGCCCCUCGGCUCUGAGCGGCCCGCGAGCGGAGCAGCCCCGGUUCCGCGGCCCCGGCCCCGCGCAGCGGACGCAGGGCAGCGCCGAGGGAAGGAAGCGAGAGGGGCCGCCCUCCCCGCCUCCGAAAUGCCCAAGAAGAAGCCGACGCCCAUCCAGCUGAACCCCGCGCCCGACGGCUGCGUGAACGGCACCAGCUCGGCGGAGACCAACCUGGAGGCCUUGCAGAAGAAGCUGGAGGAGCUGGAGCUUGACGAGCAGCAGCGGAAGCGCCUGGAGGCCUUCCUCACCCAGAAGCAGAAAGUGGGAGAGCUGAAGGACGAUGACUUCGAGAAGAUCAGUGAGCUGGGAGCCGGCAACGGCGGCGUGGUGUUCAAGGUCUCCCACAAGCCGUCCGGCCUGGUCAUGGCCAGAAAGCUUAUUCACCUGGAGAUCAAACCUGCUAUCCGGAACCAGAUCAUAAGGGAGCUGCAGGUUCUGCACGAGUGCAACUCCCCGUACAUCGUGGGCUUCUACGGGGCAUUCUACAGCGAUGGCGAGAUCAGCAUCUGCAUGGAGCACAUGGACGGGGGUUCCUUGGAUCAAGUCCUGAAGAAAGCUGGACGGAUUCCCGAGCAAAUUUUGGGGAAAGUUAGCAUUGCUGUGAUCAAGGGCCUGACGUAUCUGAGGGAGAAGCACAAGAUCAUGCACAGAGACGUCAAGCCCUCCAACAUCCUGGUCAACUCCCGCGGGGAGAUCAAGCUCUGUGACUUCGGGGUCAGUGGGCAGCUCAUCGACUCCAUGGCCAACUCCUUCGUGGGCACCAGGUCUUAUAUGUCGCCCGAGAGACUCCAGGGGACACACUACUCUGUGCAGUCGGACAUCUGGAGCAUGGGGCUGUCCCUGGUGGAGAUGGCGGUGGGGCGGUACCCCAUCCCGCCCCCCGACGCCAAGGAGCUGGAGCUGAUGUUUGGGUGCCAGGUGGAGGGCGAUGCGGCCGAGACUCCGCCCAGGCCCAGGACCCCUGGGCGGCCCCUCAGCUCGUAUGGAAUGGAUAGCCGGCCUCCCAUGGCGAUUUUUGAGCUGCUGGAUUACAUCGUCAAUGAGCCUCCUCCGAAACUCCCCAGCGCAGUCUUCAGCCUGGAGUUUCAAGAUUUUGUGAAUAAAUGCUUAAUAAAAAACCCCGCCGAGAGAGCAGACUUGAAGCAGCUCAUGGUUCAUGCUUUUAUCAAGAGGUCUGAUGCCGAGGAGGUGGAUUUUGCUGGUUGGCUGUGCUCCACCAUCGGCCUUAACCAGCCCAGCACGCCGACGCACGCGGCCGGUGUGUGAGCACGGGGCGUGGCGUGGAGCCGACCCCCGCCCAGCGGUCUUCUUCCCGUGCUUGUCCCUGUUCAGGCGCACAUUUCACCUGUGACAAAGGAUGAGGAACACAGCAUGUGCCAAACCUCUUGGUGUCAUUCUCUCACUGUCUCUAUCCUUAAUACUGUCGUUACUCCCGAGUGGACUGGCUUUGUGCUUGGGGCUGUCUGAGUGUGCUGGUGAUCAAAACUCGUGCCAGGCUUCACAGUGAACCCUCUGGCAAGUGUGCGUGCGGCCCCACCUCUGUCCUGGGUGGGGCUCACGCCGGCCACGCCUUCUCCAUGUGAGUGGGCACCUGGCGGCCCUGCGCAGGGAGUGCAUGAGAAGCAUGCUUUGCUGCCGUGGAAUGAGCGCCAGAGUGGACAUCUUGUCACCUUCCUACUGGUCCUCUUGCUUUCUGUGUCGAAUUCAGCAGUUCCCAUCCAAAUCCAGCCAGAGCCCCUCACUGCCAGGCUAGCUGGGCUCCCCAGCCUGUCUCCCGGGACGAUGUGUAGACUGCUGGUUGUGUUUCUGUAUUUAUUUUAAAUAGACUGUGUGGGGUAUCUAGUGGUAAAUGUCUCUAAGUUUGGAGUAGUGUUUCGAAAUUGGUGGAGUUAUUUUGAAUGUCACAAAUGGAUCAAGGCAUUAAAAUGUGUCAGAUUUCUCUCUUCAAAUCUAAGUACCAAUGCUGUUGUAAACAACGAUGUGUACAGUGCCUACAAAUUGUAUGAAAAUCCUUUUAACCAUUUUAUUCCAGAUGUUUAACGAAUUAAUCUCUUAUUCUAAUAAAUACAGUAUCAAGUUAAAAUCA